UAUUGAUCUGGAUUUACAUGGAUUCGCAUUGAACAUUGGUGAAUAAACAGAACUGGCUUGGAAAUCUCUUAAAUAUAUAUAUAACGGGUGGGGAGUGAUUUCACGCCAAAAUGCGAUCACGCGUCGGGAGUGCUGCAGUAGGCGAGGCCCCAGCAAAGGAAGUAGCCCCGUUGAUAAAAGAAGGUUACUUAUGGAAGAGAGGUGAAUACAUUCGUAACUGGCGUGUCCGGUAUUACAUCCUUCGAGCUGAUGGUACAUUCCAUGGAUUCAAGUCAAAAGAGGAGAGACUAGAAGUAGAGGAAAUUCAGAAUGACUUUAAGUUACAAAAGGAUGUUACCGUGCUGUGCCAGGAAAAACCAAAACCCAACAGCUUCAUCGUUCAGGGGGUCAGCCUGAGGGACACAGUGGUAGACAGGAUGUACUACGCGGACACCCCAGAGGACCGAGAAUUGUGGGUCAUUGCCAUCCAGGCAGUGGUGGAUGCCAUAGGAACUAGUGACUGGAAGUCAUGUGUUGAAAAAAUUGGGAAAAAAGAAGUGAGGAUGUAUGACGUCUCCUUGCUGAAUUCCUUGAGUCAAGCAGAACAGUCAUUGUCUCCAGGCCUGCGACUCAGACCACUACAGUUGUCAGAUUAUGAAAGAGGUUAUCUUGAGCUUUUGUCUCGGAUCAAUGAUACAGACAAUAUGUCCAAAUCUGAGUUUACGAGUCAAUUUCAUGCAAUGGUAUCAUCGAAUAAAUACUACACCACAGUUAUAGAGGAUAAUUCAUCUAAUCGCAUUGUUUCUGCAGCAACACUUGUCAUUGAACUGAAAUUUGACCAAAGUCACCCUAAGGUUGGUUGGAUCAAGGACUUUGUUUUUGAUAAAUACCAUGCUGACCAUCUGCUGCUAAAAAACAAGUUGCUGACCUCUCUGAAGGAUUUAGGCGAAAGAAUCGGUUGCAGUCGAGUAGAGAGUAUCAACAUUUCCAGGGAAACACAGGAUGAAGAUAUGUAGUGCAAUACUGAUAUUGAUUGUAGGCACGUUCCAUUGUUAUUUAAGGAGGGGAGGGGGGGGGGGGGCAGCCGGUGGAGAAGUUGACUUCUCAUUUUUCAGCCUCAAUUUUUUCUCUCCAGGCUUUCAAGCUUUAUAAUUCUUAUUCAGUACUACUAUAAAAAAUAGUAGGGGGAGGGGGGGGGGGGGGGGGGGGGGGGCAGUUACUCAUUUUCCAUUAUAUCUUUAUUUGCAUAUUAUAUACAUGUACUUGAUGGUAGUUUACGCCAUUUGAAGAAAUGUUUACAUACAUGUACUUGAUGGUAGUUUACGCCAUUUGAAGAAAUGUUUACAUACAUGUACUUGAUGGUAGUUUACGCCAUUUGAAGAAAUGUUUACAUACAUGUACUUGAUGGUAGUUUACGCCAUUUGAAGAAAUGUUUACAUACAUGUACUUGAUGGUAGUUUACGCCAUUUGAAGAAAUGUUUACAUACAUGUACUUGAUGGUAGUUUACGCCAUUUGAAGAAAUGUUUACAUACAUGUACUUGAUGGUAGUUUACGCCAUUUGAAGAAAUGUUUACAUACAUGUACUUGAUGGUAGUUUACGCCAUUUGAAGAAAUGUUUACAUACAUGUACUUGAUGGUAGUUUACGCCAUUUGAAGAAAUGUUUAUUUGAUUACGUUAUUGUUGCCUUCUUUCAUUUAACCAUGUUAACAUUUUAUUACAUGCAUAUCAAACUCAUUUCAUAAUAUUUCAAUAAAAACAAAAAU